UGAGAGAGACCGAGAAAGAUUAGAUGGGGUCCAUGGCGAAAGAGAGAAUUUGCACAAUUAUCGUCACAGUGGCGUUAGAAUGAUAGUCACUGCCAAGUGCCACCAAUCGGAACAUGUAAAAAGAGGGAGGGAAGUAUCAUAAAACCCCACCUACGCACGCCUUGUAUCUUCGCUUCACGCAACCGCAACCUACGGCCGCCCUGACCGCGAAGAUUGGGUGCUGCUCCUUCGCCCCCUCUCCGCACGUAAUUCUCUGCCUUGCUCGACCCAAAAAGAGAAAAAAAAAGGGCAAAACUUUGUAUAAAAAGACAACAAACUCCGAUCGUCACUGCAUUUUCCCUUUAUUUAUUAUCUCUCUGCCAGCUUGACUUUUGAAUGGGGAAAGUUAAUAAGGUGAAAUGCAAGGCUGAAUCCCAGCGUCACAGAGUGACUCCAUAUCCUUUGCCAUCUUGCCAAAGGAAGAGUGCUAAAGAUUGCCACUCAAAGAAGAAACAUCCAAAAGCCUUGGAGAAGAAUGAUUGGGAAGGUGCAACCUGUUCUGUUUGUCUGGAAUUUCCUCACAAUGCAGUGCUCCUUCUUUGUUCCUCUUAUAACAAGGGUUGUCGUCCAUAUAUGUGUGCCACUAGUCGUCGAUUUGCCAAUUGUCUUGAACAAUACAAAAAAGCCUAUACUUUGAACAGGUCAGCAGACUAUUCAAGUUUCCAUUUGGGUGAUGGGCAGGCUAAAGAGAAGAUGGAAAUUCCAGAACUGUUAUGCCCACUCUGUCGGGGUCAGGUGAAGGGUUGGACGGUGGUGGAACCUGCCCGGAAGCAUCUCAAUGCCAAAAAAAGAAUCUGCAUGCAGGAUAAGUGCUCAUUUGUUGGAAAUUAUAAACAGCUCAGGAAGCAUGUUAAGGCCAAGCAUCCCUUGGCACGACCUCGAGCUGUGGACCCCAUUCUUGAAGAAAAAUGGAAGAAGCUUGAAUGUGAGAGGGAGCAAAGUGAUGUGAUCAGCACAAUUAUGUCGUCAUCUCCGGGGGCUGUGGUGCUGGGGGAUUAUGUGAUUGAGCCAGGCCGUCAUGGCAUUUUUAAUGGUUAUGAUUAUGAUUUGGAUGAGCCUCUGAAUGAUCAUUUCUUUCCUUUGGAGUCCUUUAAUCGAGGACAGAGUAGUGGUCGUUAUCGCAAUGGAUUUCACCUGGACUUUGAUUCCUUGGAUGAGGAUGAUUAUGAGUUGCGUCGUCCUGUGGCUAGUGGUCCUGCUGCACUAUCUGGUCGUGGUCUCCACAGGUUACUGUUGACAAGGGCAAGGAGACCUUGGAGGUUUAGAGGAGGCAAUAGGAGUCGAAAUUACUAAUUAAAAAGGUUUGAGGACUUGAUUUAUCUUAAAUUGUUUGUUUUAGAUUGACUUGCUACUGCCAUAGUAUGCCACAGGUGAUGGUUGCCACGACGGUGUUUGCCCUGAUGUGGUAUAGUGUGAUUGGCAAGUGGUAAGUGAUUUCAACAAAUAGUAGAAAUAGCAGUUUAGAGGGUCUUUUUCUAGAUGAUUACUUGUGAUGAGGGCCAAGGCAUUUCAUUGGUCUGUUUCCUUGUAGGCUUAUGAUUCUGACUGUCAUUUGAUCAUAUUGCAUAUUCAUUUGAAUUGAGAUGAAAUUAUGAGAAACGUUCUUGAUA